GUUCGAAUUGUAUCGAACCACCACGUCUAUGACAUCGCAUAAUCAACUUUAGUUCGCUGCUGCACACGACCUCAUGAAUCAAAUUGCCUGCAGACAUAUUCCGAUUGAUGCCCCGUUGAGACCGACAGCAUGCCUAUCGUUCACAUUGUCCUGUUCGAGUUCAAGCCUGGCACUUCACAGGCUCAGGUGAACGAUGUCUGCGGACGCAUGCUGGCUCUGAAGGACAAGUGCUUGCAUCCUACGACGAACGAAACAUAUGUAAAAUCGCAUGGUGGGGGCAAGGACAUCAGUCCAGAGGGACUUCAGGGUGGACUCACGCACGGGUUUGUGAGUGAGUUUCGUAACAAGGAGGAUAGGCAAUAUUACCUAGAGAAUGACCCCGCGCAUCUCGAGUUUGUCGCGAGUCUUAAGGGUCUGAUGGAAAAUGUUCGGGUUUUGGAUUUUGAACCCGGCGUACUAUGAGUGCGAAGAAGUCUAGCCACCGAUGCCAUCUAUUUGUUCGAAAUGGUUUAAACGCCUGGAAAUGCUUAUGCUCCUCUCAAACGCCGGAACGAAUCGCUCUAUGAAAUGCUGAAGGAUUCACCGCAACCACAUUGUUCCGUGAUGUUGGGAUUCCUGAAAAUGAACCGC